GGACAAUUACACACCCACUUCACGCCAUCACCCACAGUGUGAUGCCCAUCCCCGACACAAGACAAGACCCCCGGGACACAAGUCAGAGCGACGCGGAUCCUUCAAUGACCUUCAACAGGACUUGAGACCAUUCUGCGGAGAUAAGCGAUUUUGCAGAGGCUGAUACGGACACGUGAUCCAUUUGAAAUAAAACUUUGGGUUGUUGUUUUUUUGUUUUUUUUACAUAGAAAAAGAAGAAGCGGACUUUAAAAAGACAACGCGAUGGCCAACUCCGGUGUCCAGCUGCUCGGAUUUUUCCUGUCGUUAAUUGGGAUCGUGGCACUGAUCAUUGGGACUAUUCUGCCGCAGUGGAAGAUGUCCGCGUACAUCGGGGACAACAUCAUCACCGCUGUGGCCAUGUACCAGGGACUGUGGAUGUCAUGCGCCUUCCAGAGCACCGGACAGCUCCAGUGCAAAAUCUAUGACUCCAUCCUGCAGCUCGACAGUUCACUUCAGGCCACUCGUGCCUUGAUGAUAGUCGGCAUCAUUGUGUCCGUCGCAGGCCUGGGUGUGGCAUGUAUGGGAAUGAAGUGCACUACCUGUGGGGGGAGCGACAAACUACGCAAGUCCCGCGUGGCCAUGACAGGAGGCAUCAUCCUCCUCGUAGGCGGGCUCUGUUCCAUCGUGGCGUGCUCCUGGUUUGCUCACAACGUCAUCCGGGCGUUCUAUAAUCCCUACACUCCUGUCAACACCAAGUUUGAGUUUGGUGCGGCCAUCUUCAUCGCCUGGGGCGGCUCCCUCUUAGACGUUCUUGGUGGGGCCAUGUUGGCUGCUUCCUGUCCAAGGAAGAAGCAGGUAUCCAAAUAUCCGUCCAUGGCCAGUUCCCGCUCUGGUGCUCAAAGCGGCACCAAGGAGUACGUCUGAAUGU